GACCGUGGGACCACCAGCUGAUCCCGGGGCUCCAGAGGUCGGGAUCCGAGGCGGGUCCAGUUUCUUCCUGGGUUGGGGUUCUGCUUCAUGCAGGUAGCUGUCGGCUGCAGGUGUUUUCUCCCGGACUGUCCACCAUGGUUCUGGGCUCCGGACCCUGAUGUCUCCGGGACCCCACAGUCCGCCGGAGGGGAUGCCGCUGGCAGAGGGCUGCGGCCGGGACCGGGACGGGGACCGGCCCGCCGGUGACCCGGACCCCGCCAGGUCCGCCCGGGAGCGGCUGGACGCCGCCGUGUCGGGGCUGGAGGAGCUGGAGAAGCUGCGGCGGCGGCAGGAGGCGCUGGUGCGGGCGGCGCUGGAGCCGGAGCCGCGGGGGGAGACGCUGCUGCAGCUGCGGAGACAGCUGGUAGGUCUCACCUGCACACAGAGCUGUCUGAGGAGGAAAGAUGCCAGUCUGCUCGGCCAACUACAGGAGCUGGACCAGCAGAUCAAUGACUUGCGAUUGGACAGUGAAGUGUCACAUGACCCACUGGAGACGGACAGCCGGCCGAGCUCAGGUUUCUUCGACCUGAGCGAUGGGGCGUCUGGCUCACUUUCAAACUCGUCUCAUUCGGUCUUCAGUGAGUGUUUCUGCUCAGCGGCUGAUGCUGAUAGACACUUUCCAUCCACAGAGGAGCUGGCCAACUGUUUGGACGGGGAUGUUCUGGUUGGAGGACUUUGUGAUGACUCCUUUUCCUCUGGUGCAGUUUGGGGUUCAUUCUCAGCUUCUCAUCCACCACCAGCAGAUGCUGCAUCUUCAGUGGUUUCCUCUGACUUGCAGUGUAAACAUCCCUGCAGUUUGUUGAGCAGAAGUGGCUUCCCAAACCCGCUGUCUGCCCUGGUGGUCCAAAGCCCCGCCUUCCUGAAGACCUUCUGUGGGAGUCCUGGCAGAGGAGAGGCUGGUGUUGAAGCUCUCACACCACAACCCUCUGUUUUGGCACCUGUUGGAUCUCACAGCUCCUCUUGGAGUACCUCCUCCUCUUCUUAUUCCCCUAAAAGCCUCUCCCUCAAGCACAUGGACACCUACAUCUAUAGUCUUCUGCAACGGAGGACCCUUCCAUUCAGGACUAGCAGACCCAGGACCAACAUCAGUGUGGAACAUUCAAAAACCACCAUGUGGCAGCCCAGUCCCAGUGUGAGGCAGGUCUUUGGUCCCAGUAAAGGGUCAGCCGUGAGACCCACCUGGCCUGGUGAAGGAAUGUUAGCGGAGGAAGUUGCUAUUCCAUCCAUUCAGAAACAGUGUUUCACUAAGAGCAACUUUGAGGAGCAGGAUUUCCCUGGUGAUAUUGAAGUGAUGGAAACUGGUCUCAAUACUGGCUUCAGCAAGAGUGAAUCCAGCUCUCCUGGUGGCUCUGGCACUUACAGCAGAAGUUGUGGCACACAAAACAGCAAUCCUGCCACCAACAGGGACAUCAAUACAAACACCCACAGUCUCAUGAGCAGGAGGUCCAAAGCGGCUGUUCCUCACUCUGUGCCUGUUGCAGUUCCUCUCAAAGACUUUAAGGAACCAGGCAGGCGUGCCCAUAUCCCCUACACUCAAGAUCAGCCAUGUUACCCCACUGACCCAGAAUUGCUCCAUAAAUUACUCCCAGAAGUCAAAACUCGGUCUGGUUCUUCCAAAAAUAGCCCCAAGAGUCUCCAAACCAGCUCAAUAGAGAAGGACAAAAAGUCAUUGGUGGAUCCCUCUAGUCUGGAGUCCUCCUCUCAGAAUCUGAAGGGAAGAAGACGAAGAGAAAGAGGAUGGAUGGUUAAUGGCAGGUUCUACCCUACUAAGCAGCAUAGUGUCAAACUCCACAAGGGUAGCAGCAAGAACAUGAAGUCUACCAAGAUGAAGGGCACCUCUGAGCUGAAUGAGCCACCUUUAGAAAAAAUGGAUACAUCCCACAAAAAGUUUAGGUCCCUGGAAGAUGGGAGCACCGCCCCAAUUAAGGUACCCAGGAGAGGUACUUCCUCAAAAAGGGACUUGACAUCCCUUCCUGAGGACCAAGUCCAAGACAAACCUGCUGUAUCAAAGCUCAGCAGUGUGCAAGCAUGUACAUCCAAGCAUCAUAAUCAUGGAAACCGCCACCAUCGACACCAUCAAAACCAUAACCAUGGACAUGAUCAGGUGGUGGUUGUUGCUAAGCCAAAGCACAAAAGGAAUGAUUACAGAUGGUUACAUGUUACCAUGGAAAUCCCACCUGACAAGGCACUUAAGCGUGUGCAGCGGCACCAGAAGAAGGAGCUGAUGAGGAGCUCUGCAGCCGACCUGAAGCCGUCCCCCAGAGGUCAGCAGGGCAGCCCCUACGCUUGUGUUGCUGGAAGUGACUCGGAGUAUUCGGCCGAGUGUGUAUCCCUCUUUCACUCCACCAUCGUGGACACCAGCGAGGACGAAAAGUCCAACUACACUACAAACUGCUUUGGCGAUUGUGAGUCGAGCGAGGAGUACGUGGAGGAGAGUACCUCCACCAGUGAUACUCAGGAGAGCAUGGGAGGUGGAGCUGGUGGGUUGGGCAGAAGGAGGGGGCAGUCGAGAGCAGCUGGGACCAGAAAUAUGGAGCAGGAAAUGACUCGAGGUCAGACGAAGACGUCCAUCAAGGUCAAGGCCUCUUACAACCUGAAGAAGAAGAUCCUCAGGUCCAGAUCAGGUUCGCUCAAACUCAUGACCACCGUUUGAUCUGCUGGACAGGACCGAGGCAGACGCACGAGCCUUACCUGCCCACUUCUGCUGUGCCUGGAACAAAACCAGGACAGAGACAUGUACCCCAGAAGCAGGCCAACAGGCAGUCUCCAGAGCUGACAUGAGACACAUUUGUCAAACACAUCAUUUGUAAAUACACAACUUCACUGUUGGUUAGCAUGUGGCUAACUUAAUUGAAGUUUAAUGCUUUACGGGGCAAAUGACCAUAUUUGGUUACUUCAGUAGACCUACAUUCUAUGGUGAUGAAAAUGUUAAUAAUGGACCUUCUAGAGUUGAACAUUUUGAAAUGUCCUGUGUUUUAUUAACUGCCCUAUAAAAGGGUUAACACAGUACUACUGUAUAUGGUAUCAGAAGAACAAGACAAUGAUGUCACUCAAGGGUUUCUGAAGAGUGUUUUGAAGCCUCGUUUCACUAGCAGUGGGCCCCCCAGGUCCUGAAAUGGGUCUUUGUGGUCCCUGGCUUCUUCAGCUGAUCUGCUGCAGUUGCUGGUGAACAUUUGCAUAGGACCUCCUGUUACAAAUGUUGUUUUGGUGGGAUUGAGCUGACACACCAGGCUUCAAAAGCACUCGUCGGAAACCUGUGGAUGACAUCACAGGGGGUGUGUCCAGUGCUUUUUGUAAAGUGGAUGUGUAAAACAGACAACACGUCAUUCAGCGGUGUUCUGCAGUCCUGGAUGAAUUUGUUGAAACUAGUCUGGUUGUAGCUCCGCCUAAAUCAUGUGAUUCUUUUCUCUGAUUGGUUGUUUGUCUAUCCAGUGGUGUCCAGACGCAGUUCUUUUGUGUCUGUUGGCACUGCCCCCUGGAAACGGAAGCCUAAUCCACAGGAUUGAGGCUGGUUCCUUGUAUUGAAGAGAUUCAUAGUGGCCGGUCAGGCUAACAGUACAGGAACUGUUUAAGAAGAAUCACCUACACUUUAAUUUUGGUGCCGUAGUUCCUGCCUUUACAAAGUUUUUCCAGAAAGAAACCAACACACUGUGGUUGAGGAAGCUCAAGGUCACUCAUGGCAGUGACCUUUUCAUGACCUCACAAACCCGGUCAGCAGCUUUGUUUUCUGUUCCUCAUCACAUGAUGGUUUCAUAACCCUUCUCCCUAACCCCAACUCUUGUCUUGGAUGCUCCUGAUCUAAGUUAAUUGUUAAAAAACAAUGUAUAGUCUAAUAUAUCUGUUGCAAGACCCCCCUCGUAGUUUCCAUCACAUUUUCACAGAAUUGCAUAAGCAGAGCCACAGCUGAUUUAAACGUGAAGACCAGGAUAACAUCUGAUUUAUUGGUUUAUUUUCAUCUCCUGCUUACAGGUCGGUGGAAACAAGUCCUGUUUCUCCAUCAGAAUCUUUCAAAUUAUAAAAACAUUUCCUUAAUUUCCCCAAGAGAUAGACGGCUACAGCAUGACUGCAGCUGCUGAAACACGCUGAAACUUCGCUUCAGUGUCUCAUGAAUAUCUUAAAAACCACAAGCUCAGCUUUAAUCAAACUAUCUUUUACUCUCUUUACUGUCUUUUAGUCUCAGACCUUUUUUGUGUGUAAAAAUGCAAUACAGUAUAAUGAAAAUAAUCUGAUUAAAGUGGGCCAUAGAAAAAUACAACCUCAGAUAAACAACAAGGUGUAACCUUUUUCAGCAUGCUGUUAUUUAUUUAAGAAAAAAGAACCCAAAAAGGAAAUACCCAUGUGGGCAAUACCAGGUGAUUCAGCAGCAGGAAUCCUCAGUAGAUGUUUCUUGUCUGACUUCAUCAGUGUUUCAUGGUUCUGGAGGAGUUCUGGUCCGUUCUUCUUUCCAAUCUUGCUUCAAUUCAAUAAGGUUUUUGGACAUUCACUUCUACACAUCUCUCUGAUGGUCCAACCACAGCAUCUCAACCAGGUUCACAUCUGGACUUGGACCAGGUCAUUCCAAAAUGACAUUAAAACUACUUUAUUAAUCCUCGAAGGGAAAUCAAUAAAUCUACUGGGACGUCUACUCCUGGGAAGAUUAACUACUGUUUUGAAUGUUUUCCACUUGUAAAUAAUCUUUCUCACUGUAGAACAUCAAACAGGGGACGUUUCACAACUCUUUUGAGACUGGUAACAAUUGCUACUCUAUGACCAUUGAUGUCUUUUCCUCUAAGUAUUAUGUUAACACACACCUGAAUGCUCCAGACCAGCAAAGAGCCAAAACAUCUGCCUUUCUAGAAGUCUGAACAAUUCAUUCAUGAUGAUGAUCAGCAGCAGCUGGCUGUAGAUCUUAAAUCUAUGGAAGCAAUUAUUAUUAAACUUUUCCUUUUUUGAUUCUUAAGUAAAUAAUAGCAUGUUGAAAAAAGUUUUAUAUUUGCUACAUUUGCCUAAUACUAAGUCCAACUAGAUGGUUUUUAUUAGAUUUUUAUGCAAAACAACUGUUGCACUUGACUGUUUGCUAACUGUCAGUGAUGAAUGAGAUCACUUCUUACUUUACUUACAGUUAGUCAGCAGUUUUGUACAUUUUUGUAAAGGUUUGUCUUCUAAUAUGAGUGUCCGAGCUGCUGCAGGAGCAGUGAAGAUCCAGGUUGUGCAUGAUGGGAGGAUGGUGCAAGGCUAUCAUAUACAAUGAUGUAAGAUGGGUUCUUUUGAACCAGACUGUUUUCUCUGAAGGUUUUGUGGACUGGAGAGUUCAUUGAAGGGUCACAGGACUUCUGUAACCAGAUUUUUCUGUGGUUACAUUUGUACUAGAGAAAGGAAGGCUGAAGUAAUGUAACAGCCUUCCGGUGGCCGUCCGCUCAGUGAGUCCUCGACUUCACAGCAGCUCCAGAGGUCAAACGGGAGGAUUUCAAUGAAUGUAAGAUUUAAAUAAGAUUUAAUUUCAACACCUGAUGAUCCCUGUGUUAAAGUCGGGGAUCAUUGUCUCUUCUCGUCUCCACAGAUCCAGAAUUUACAUUUUCAGAUAUAGAAUGUUCACUCAAAGUUUUAGAAGUCAUCAAAGCUCUCACUGCUGUCACAUUCUGCCUUCCUGUUGCGCAGUUUUAAGUUUUCGCUGGUGUUUUUUCUGAUGAUAAAAUGACUUGUAUUUAAGUAUGUCGACCUGACUCCUGCUGAGGUUUAACCACCCAGCUCUAUUUCAGAUCUUAUAAAUGUUUAAAUCGGCGGCUGUAAACAACUUGUUACUGAUGUCUGAUUAUGUAAGGUACCCAUUUGCCAGUAACAGUGCUUGUCCCCUUAUGCUUCAUUAAAAGUGGACUUUAACUCGA